AUGAUAUACGCAGCAUGCACAGAGUACACUCGUAUAGCGGAUGCGCAUAUUACACCCACUUUCACAAGAGUUGUUGGCUAUCUCAACAACGAUAAACUCGAUAAUGUGGAAAGCGAAAUCGAAGAGUUGGAGGAAAUGGCGAAAACAGCAGGGAGUGAAGUUGAGAAGGAAAUCAAACUAAUCGCCAGAAAGUACGAAGAAAGGCAGAGGACGACCAAGUGGGAAUUGGAUAAGCUUAGCACAGAUAAAAGAACUGCUGAAUGA